GCCAUUUGUAGUAUUCUCCAGCCGAUCAGUAUGAUGCUAUCCCUGACGGCCUAGGAAACGCCACAUUACUUGGAGUUUUAUGCUUUCGAGGGCUCAUGUCCUUUACUUAAUUCAGUCGUAACCCUGGCUGAUAUCCUUCAAACAAAUAUUGGGCCUUUCAAGCUUCAACAUCACCACGACUCCUCCCAGUAGCACAUCCAUUCUGUGAUGCAGACAUGCCUGGAGGUGUUCAUCCUCCGAUAUCAGUGGCCAAGUCAUGGCCGCAGCCAAACUACAUUAAUCCCGAAACACGAGGUUGGGGCCUGGUGAUAUUGGUCGUAGUCCUCUACUUUGUUACCUUUCUUAUCUUCACUGCCCGCUUAUGGGCCCGCCUCAAAAUUGCAAAGAAUGCAGGACUCGAUGAUGCUUUAAUAUCCGUGGCUAUGGUCUUCGUGACUGGACUGGCAGUGGGCACAUGUCUGGGCUCUCGUCUCUACGGGUUUGAUCGCCAUGUAUGGGAUUUAAAGCCAGGGCAAGGAAUGCAAAGCCGCAAGAUGGUGAUGGCCCUCGAAGUUUUGUAUACGCCUGGCACUGCGAUCAUCAAGAUUUCCAUUCUGUUCUUCUAUCGACGAAUGUCCGCAGGGUCGAUUUCUAAACCAUUCUAUUAUGCCGUAUGGGCGAGCAUCAUCUUCGUCGUCCUUUACAUGAUCGUCUUUACGAUUAACAUUUUCGUCACCUGCAUCCCGAUACACGCCUUCUGGCACUCGGUCGAUCCGAGGUGGGCCUUAGAAAAUGCUGGAAAAUAUCACUGCUUCGAUGAAGGAGCCAACCUACUGGCUGCAUCCAGUAUCAGCGUUUUGCAGGAUUUCAUCGCAUGUGGAUUACCAACGAUGUUAUUCUGGGAUUUGAAAUUACCCAGGCGGCAGAAAGUGGCACUCGCAUCCAUCUUUGGCGUUGGAUUCUUCCUAUGUAUUACAGGAAUCCUUCGCAUUCUUGCCAUUCGAAAGGUUUACUACAAAACCUACGACGUAACGUGGGCAGCCGAAGAGGUCUGGGUCUGGACCGCUGUUGAAACACAUCUUGCCGUCAUCUGUGCAUCCGCGCCUGCAUUGAAGGUCUUCUUUAAACGCUACCUGAAAGUCUCCUCGUUUGGAAGCGACCUGAAGUACACGAUCAAACGAUCAUUUGGCCAGACCGGAUCCGAGAAGCCCGAUCGGAGUUAUGGCCUCUCGUCCACUGUCGGUAAGGGAACCCAUCCUUACAGCUCGCGCCACAAGAGUAUUACCGAUGACAUUGAACUGGGAGGAAUUAAGGUGGCUCGAGACAUCGACAUUCGAGUAGAAUCGCACGAUGAAUCACAAUCCGAAUUUGCUAUCUCGGGCCGUAGCAGUCAAGAGCAUCUCAAACCGACCGUGAAGCCAAAUUCGAGCAGGCAACCGAGACUUGCCGACCAAUCCAAUCCCAGGACUGUCGCCGGUUCUCAUUGGAACGGCAGAGGAGAAGAUGGACUGUUCCGGGAUGGUCGAUUUACCGCAAGACAUGAUGAGGGACCGAAUGCUUAUGGUGGCGCUACUCAUCGAGGUUGGUAGUCAUAAGAGUUCGGAUUGACUCUUGUUUCCGGAGUAUCCGUCCGACUACGACAUGGUCCGACAUCGUUACCCGCAGUGUUGUAUGAGAGACUAAAUACAGAUCAACUCGCCAUCCGAAUUCGAACGGUGCACGGUCACGAUACAACUUGCUGGUCCUUAGUCGACGGUAUCGACGGCGUCCAGCUUAUCGGCUAUUUUCAAUCGCAAGUCUUCCUAUAUCUGGACCUGGAGCGCUUCACCUCAUGGAUUAAUCGGAUUCUAUACAUUUGAUAUUGUCUAAUCCACCCAUUUGUGGGUUGCGGAUUUUUGGUCGGAAUCAAUGGUUCAUUUCGCAUUGGGAUUCAGAGCCCGGCGCUUUGGUAUACGAUUUGGAAUAGCAUCUUUUUUUGGGCGUACUAAGGGGAAUUGAAGCCGCGAAUUUGGAUUACAAAAGAAAAAGGGAAAU